AUGGCGGCGCACAUCACCAGAGCUGUGAAACGACUUGUCCCACAGGAGAGCGGCUGGCUCCUGCCCGCAGCCUGGCAGUUGUGUACCGAAGCAUGGCGUCAUCACCAUCACUCUUCAAGCCCCUCGCUGCGCUACGUACCCCGCAGGGCCGUUCUCUACUGCCCCGGCAAUGAUGAGCGAAAAUUGAGGAAACUGGCCUCACUGGAUGUUGACUGUGCCGUCUUAGACUGCGAGGAUGGUGUAGCCCUCAGCAAAAAGACAGAAGCAAGGGAGACCAUCCCCAAGAUGUUAGCAGAGCUGGACCUGGGCCGAACAGAGAAGUGUGUGAGGGUGAACUCGGUGUCCAGUGGUUUAGCUGAGGCUGACCUGCAUGUCAUCCUGCAGGCCGAAGUUCUCCCUCCUGCGAUCAUGCUGCCUAAAGUGGAAGACACUCAGGAGGUGCAGUGGUUUGUUGACAGGUUUCAGCACAACUUGAAAGGACGGCCGCUGACAGAACCCAUCCGCCUGGUCACCUUUGUGGAAACCGCUGUGGGCCUGCUCAAUUUUAAGGUGGUGUGUGAAGAAAUCCAUCGACUUGCUCCUGCUGCUGGUCUCCACCAUGAUGGUGUGGUGUUUGGCUCUGAUGACUUCUGUGCCAGUAUAGGUGCCACUCGAACCAAAGAUGCCAGGGAGCUCCUUUAUGCAAGGCAGAAGGUGGUGGUGACCACCAAAGCGUUUGGGCUGCAGGCCAUCGACCUGGUCUACAUCGACUACAAAGACGUGGAGGGGCUGAGGCGACAGGCCAGAGAGGGAGCACUCAUGGGAUUUACAGGUAAGCAGGUGAUCCACCCAGGGCAGAUCCAGGCUGUGCAGGAGGAGUUCUCCCCCAGUCCAGAGAGGGUCGAGUGGGCCAAAGAGCUCAUCGCUGCUUUUGACCAGCACCAAAAGGAGGGGAAGGGUGCGUUCACCUUCCGUGGCAGCAUGAUCGACAUGCCCUCAGUGAAGCAGGCACAGAACAUCCUCUCACUCUCUGCUGUGGUGCCCGAGAAAUGACACGGCGGAUGUCAGGAAACACAGAGAACCACACGACUCUGCCCUGACAGGAGAGGUCAAUGGACACUGGAAAUGCUGCAGGUUUCAUGAACAAAUAGAGCACUUUUAAGGCUGUAAAACUCUACAGUGGUGAAAGUUGGGGCUAAGUUUUUAGGAACUGUUGAAAUGUUUUUAUUAAAUUCACAUGAUUGUCGUGACAUUUCCGGAGGGGAUGAUUAUGUUAAAAUAUACCUUUAGAUGUUUUCAACACUUUAAAAACUCCACAUAGUGAGCAUAAACAGCAGUCUUGAAGCAUGCGUGGAGGAUUAUUCCACUGUGUGGGCACUUUCUUGGCACACUCUGAAGUGUGUGCGCGGCCCUGUCACUCUCCAGUGUGUGUCCCAGGUCAUGAUGAAUGCUCUCCCAUCUCCGCCGUCCAGGCAGCUGGGCGAAAAGGGUAAACAAACACAACAAGCCACUGUUGUUGGAUCUAUUCAUUAGGCCCCAGUCCUCCAGUCAAGGCCUCAGCCCCCCACCCGCCCAGGCCCUGACUACCAAACAUCAAAGUCUCACUCACUUAAAAAAAAAAAAAAACACCCAGACUGAAGUGCGUAAACUCACCAUUUAGCUUUUUUGUGUGUCAGCCUCCUUAGUAAAGACAUGCAGCUCGCUCUGUGGCAGCUGCAGGCCUGCGGUCUUGAUGGAGAAGGCGUGCGGCGUCAGACACACCAUGACCUGCACGAAAAAUAAACACUGCAUACAUGCACACGCUGCGGCACUGUUCCACUACUGAUCUCUUAUUUAACACCAACUUCCACUUACAUUUACAGCCACUGCUUCUACAUUACACUCACUUCUGUGUUGGCUUUUUAACAUGAACAUUGAACUGAUUUUAUGACAGGAGGAAUAAGCAACUACUGGAAAAUCUACAUUAAGUAUGAAGAAUUUAUGUACUUGCACAUAGAUAUUACAUAGAAAGUGCAGUUAUUAGUCAACUGAUUCAAAAAUAAAGAUUAAAUAAAACAGAAAAUACCCCAGAGAAUGACACAGAGCAGUAUUUAAUUAUGACAACAAAAACAAUGUCCCAGAAUAGGUGAACCUCCCAAUUUAACAACAUGCAGUAUGUUAAUUUGCCCCUCUUUACACAUUUUUAAUCAUAACUUUUUUACAUAAAACACAAGAAUUAGCUCCAAAAAGGUGUUUUAAGCACCAUCACGUAUCAUUAAAAUUGAAAAGAAACUUAGUGCCCCAAUUAGAGUGAGUGGCUCAGAGCAGCAUCAAGUUUAAAUGGUUUCUAACCUUUGGAUGGACAUCAACAUUGCAGUUAUUGCUGCAAGUGAAGCCAAAAUAAGAAAAAAAGAAAUUGUUGUUUCAACUUAAUAAGAGCUGAAUUUGAAACUUCAAGUUGAGAUGACUUGGUAUUGACUCAGAUAACUCCUAUAUUUAAGGCACCAGCAGUAACCACUGCACUAGGUCGUCACUUCUAUUAGCUUUAUCGUAAUUUAACACAUCAACUCUCAUGUAAGGUAUCCUUUUGACUUAUUUUUAUGUUUCAGUUCACUUACUUUUGUCAGCUGGAAAACUAUAAGGUUUUUAACUGAAACAUGAAUAUGCGUCAAAAGGAUAAACGUUAUAAAAGGGUUGACAAAAACAUUCUGUAAACCUAUGGGGCUUUUCCAUCAUGACUUUUGGCCAUGCUGAUCCAAACCAAGCCAUGCCGAUGUACGUUUCCAUCGCCAGUUUGGCCUCGCCGGGCUAUAUCCGCCUCCAAGCGCUGCGGUGACGUCAAAGCGGCUCGUCACCAUUUGGGGACGCCUCGUAGACGUGUUUAAGUAGCAACCGCUGCACCAAACUUUUAAAUACCUGCUGGAUUACUAAUAGAAGAAGAAGAAACUUUGGAGUACAAACAGUAGGUGUUUUUUCUUCCUCUGGGGGAGCAAAACAGUGCGUACUGAAGCACAGCUGUUUAACAUUAAAACACCACGUCAUCAGCGCUAGAGGCAUCCUCAAAUGGGUAGCUGAGUCAAACCAAGUAGAUGUAGGAAGUUAACUAAAUUGAAAAGCUUUUUUUAUUACAAUGCUAAAUUAGCUUUACUUAACAUUUUGAAUUCAGUCAACUUAAAAUGCAAGCUUUUUAAAGUUACAACAACUAGAUCUUUUUUUAUAGUGUAUGUCAGUAUUAUGUGCUGUUAAAUAAUAAAUGAACUUCCAUACAAACAAGUAGUGAUGCAUGAUGUUGAAUUUUUACCCACAUCUAAUAUACUGAUGUUUACCAAUUUAUCUGAUGCAGUUAUCAAUGAUGAUUUUUGAAUAUGUAUCUCAUACCCAAAAUGUAAAACAUACUUAAAAGUCUGAUGAACCAAGAAACAACAUUCAGUCCUUAAAAUUUAAGGAAUGAGAAUGAACAAAGAAAAGGACUUUGGCUGACAUUGAUCUGCUGGGCCAGCCUUAAAUUCCACAAACUUAACCGUACGUACAGCGGAUAUUUAAAGCUGAUGUUUUGGUUGCAAAUGUUAGCAGAAAUGUUUUCCAGUAUCAUACCGAUUACAUCGUGUAUCCCUAUAAAGGGACAACAAGGGCCUUAGAAAUCCACUGGAUUCCUCAAACUCAUCAUAUUCUUGCAUCUCAGUCUUACUGGUUGAAAUGGAAACACUCUCUGUUCAUGAGGCCGUAUGAUUGGCUCUUGACCUCUUUUGAUUGCACAACACCACCAAAACCUGGUCCUUCCUGUCCACAAUUUUUUUGGCUUUUCAAAAUAAAACACAAGAAAUUAUUUCCGAAGAAGUUUCUAGAUAUUUGAUGUGCCACAACAUGAUGUUCAAAAUCAAACAACUAGGAAACAAAUAUUCAUGGUUUCUAACUUUAACUUGCACAACAAAGAUAAAUAAAGACUUCAAAAAUGUGGUAUUUUAUCAUCACCAGUAAGUAGACCCACUUUUAACAGCUUUACAUUGUAACUUUUCAAAACAAAAGCUAGGAAUUAACUCCAGGAAAAUUCCCUUUAGCAAAAUCUCAAAAAAGAAAUCUCAAGGAAAUCUCAAAAAGAUGUUUGAGAUGGCGUAUAAACAACAAACCUUUUAAAAUUCAUGCAACCAAGGGCAAGUAGCUUGUAGCAGCGACCAAUUUUAAAGGUUGUUUAAAAUGACCCACAACACACUGUUCUUUCUGAAUGCUAAGCUGAACAAGAAAAGUUUGAAUUAAAACAAACAGUGUGACAUGCACAAAAACUGAUUAAACAUCACAUAAACAAAAGGUGAAGAACAUUGGAAAUGUAUCCUGCAUUUGUUUCCUUGAGCCUUCUCCACUCCUACACCUCAGUCUGUACCUCUUACAUUGAAAUAGAAACAUUACACUCUUUUCAUCAGUCAGUAAGAAGGAGCAUUAACCUUUUUUGUAUUUGCAUAAUCAGAAACGAGUACCCCUACUCACAUCCCCUUUCAAAAUAAAACAAUAGAAUUAACUCUCAAGGAAGUUCCUCGAAGUUGUUUGAAAUGCCGCCUCAUCCUCAGAUUCAAACAACUUUAUUAAUCCCACUACAGUGAGUGGCUUAAAUCAGCUUUAAUAUAAAGAAAUACAGCGGCGUACUGACAACGAUAGAUUUGAACAAGGUAAGUUAAAUGAUGGCUUUGUGCAGUGAUUUUUUUGUGUACGUCUGACAUCCGCAGACAGUGAAGUGGGUGAAGUGGGUGUGAUGUUUGAGUGAGACAGAUUAGUGGCCAUGUUGCUCCAGCAGACCAGGACCGAGGCUUUGUCUCUCUGACUGCGGAUGGGAGGAUAAUUGGGGGGGUGUUGAAUGCUUAAUAGUGCCAUUGGUGACCAUGGUAAUGAAAGGCACCACACCUCCCCUACCCCACCUCGUCCACCCAUCUCUUCCUCUCUCUCCCCCUCUCACUCUCUCUCUCUCUCUCUCUCUCUCUCUCUCGAACUGUAUGAGCUAUUGUGUCUGGGGCAGGACGCCGGUCUGUGCCAGGGCCAGGCCAGACAAAAAAGAUCGAAACCACUCCUGCGCCCAGCCAAAGACCCCAACAGUAAGCUGUCUCGUUGGCAUUUGGCCACAUACUUCUCUCACCCCUGGCUCACUUUAUUUUCCUGUCGGGAAUUCACAUUCGGCUUGUUUGUUUGUUUUCACCAGAUCUACUAUUAUACCCUACAAACCUGCUAUUAUGUUUGACUUUGAUGAAAUAAAUCCACAGUUAUUGUUUGGGUGAGGCCCGUUUGGAGGCUGCUGCAGAUCUUUAAAAUCAAUGCUGGACUGGAGAGGUUUUAUUUACUCAUCAGUUACAGAUUUUGCGGGUUGCGAGCGGCCUGAACUCAUCAUUUUAAUCUUAAAAUGUAUCUUGAUUUGUGCUGUGUCAUUAAACCAGUAGUGUCUGGCUGUGUGACAUUUUAAACAUUCUCUAAUGUAUUUUUGUUGCGAUCAAGUCUGACACUAAGACAUAAAAAGAUGCAAGAUUAAACUGUAUUUGAAUCUUUUAUGUAGAA